GCCAGGCAUAUUACUGAGCAUAGACACCAGCCAGGUUGACUUCUACUCCAGAAUCUAUCUGCAUCCUUGUUACAAGAUGAAGACAAACACAGUGAUCCGUUUGAUGUCAUUGAUGUCUAUCUGGAUGUGGACCGGAGAAGGUCAGAUAUUCCAGCCUGAGCUUGCAUCUAAUGCUUUCCUAGCCAAGGUCACCAGUAAUACAGUGAUAUUGAAGCAGCCGUAUUGUGUAUUUAAUCAGCCGUGCCCUGGCUGUGAGAUAUGGCUGGUGGCUGGGCUGUGCUCAGCAAACGGCACCUUUGAUGCUCUAGUACACAGCUCAACUACCAACAUCCUCAGCUUGUCACCCUACCCAACAGCAUUCAACCCAUCAUCAAGCAACUUCUUUCUGACCAGAGUUGGACUUCUGUCAGACUUCCCCUGUAAUCAGUACCCCAAUGAUCGCUACUUCGUAGUCGGCGCUGAUGGGAUUUGUAGUGGCGUCAACUGUAAUGGAGUAUUACCUGAUGGAUCCAUCGUUUGUUUCAAGUAUCUUCUAAUCGAUGCUAAUGGGGCUCUUGUUAAUUCCUCAAACUGGUCUGGCAACAUUACUCUUCCCAAACUACUACCCCUUCACACUAUUUAUGAUGGUCUGAGUGCGAGAUCUGGUGCCAUGGUUGUAAUUACUACCAUCCUAUGUGUGGCUGCGGCUCUGCUUUUACUUCUUUUCCUCAUCAUGUUAUGUGUUACCUGCUGUAGGCCUACCAAGAAAGACGGUAAGCAAAUCUCAGUCAUGAACUCAAUCCGUAUCCCCCGCUACGACACCCACAACCUAAAGGAUAGUGUGCAUCCCUACGACAACCCUGCUUACCAGUCGGACUUGAAAAAUUACUCCACAUCAUCCACUCUGCCCAAGGAUGGCGCACGAAAGCUGUGAGCUCCCAAAGACACCAUCACUGCACUGCAUAUUCCAGGGGAAAGCAAACUACUACAGUAUUUUCUCUUUCAUUGUUAGUUACAAGGCACAAUAGAGGACAGGAAGUAAACUUGAAAUUAACCCAUCAACUCUAUGACACAUCUUGUAUAUGUUACAUUGCUGUUUUGCCUCAGAAAUGUUUCCUGUGUAGUAUCAAACCAGAAUGGUAUAAAAGCUUCUUUUUAGUCAUCA